UCCUAACAAAUCUCUUCCAGUCGCGCUAUCUUACAUAACAACACUCUCUCUCACUCCUUCCGGUCAGUCAAUCCUUUCUCCAAAUUUCCCAAUAUAAUUAACUCAAAUUUUAAUUUCUUUUUCUCAAAAAAUAAACGAAAUUAAUUUAUUAUACAAACAAAUUCUUUCGAAAAAUUAAAACGCAAAAAAGAAAAGAAAAGAAAAUAAUAAAAGAAAUCAAUAUCAACUCUCCCUUGUAUAAAACCCAUCUUACAUAGCUUACAAAACCCUUCAACUCUCUCUCUCUCUCUCUCUCUUUCCUUCUCUUUGUGCUUUGUGUCUUUUCUUCUUCUGCUCUUUCUUCAAGAUUGUACUUUUUAACGAUGGUAGACGACAACCAUGGCAGUUAUCAUAGUUGGGACCCUCCGCGGUGGAAUGGAGCAGUGGAUUUUGGGUUGACUAGGCAGCCUGAGAGCGAUCUUGGUUUAAUUCAAGAUCAAACCCUAGAAGCGUUUUCCAGCCUAAAUGUGGGAUCAGUUGUGACCGAUCUGCGGAGACGUUUAUUUCGGCAAUCCGAAAAUUCACAAUCCACUGAAAAUGGUUAUGGUCUUGGUUAUGGCAUCGAGGGUGAUCCUGUCAAUCCAUUUCUAAGGAAUGGUAUGACUACUACUGCCAGUACUAGAGCAAUUUUGAGUACGGGUUCGGUUUUCAGUACUACCAGGGAAAACUAUCCUACUUCUGAUAUAAAUUCUAGUCCGUCGACUCACUUAGGAAUGAUUGCCUCUUCUAAUUCGAAUGAUUCGCUUUCUGAUGAUUCGUUUGGUUUAGAGAAUGGAACGGCGGCGGUCUGCCAAUCACAAUGUCAUAUUUCGAACUUUUUUAAUGUUCUGGGAAGUAGUCCUCUUUGUUGGAGGGAUGAAGAUGCAGUGGAAUUUCUGCGGGGCAGGGUUGCGUUUUUGUGUAAGGAUCAAUCUGGGUCUAAGAUAAUACAAGUGAUGUUGCAGAAGAGGAGAAAAUCUUUCGAUGUUAUUCUUGCUGAGGUUUUAGAAGAUAUGUCCGACUUGGUGAUUGACCCAUCUGGGAAUUAUGUUGUUCAGAGUCUGGUGACUCUUUGUACCGAUGAACAGAGGACCAUGAUUCUUUAUGCGAUGACCAGGCUCAAAUUUCAAUUUUUUGGAAUUUGUAUAAACAUGCAUGGGACUCGCGUGGUACAGAAAUUGUUAGAUCAUCUAUCCUUUAAAUUUCAGAGGUUGAUUUUUUUGAAGGCUAUACACCCUUUUGUGGUUCCUUUGACUAAGUGUGCUAAUGGCUAUCAUGUUAUUCAGCAGUGCAUUAGACAUUUUGAUUCUGAAGAAAAGGAGUGUCUUCUGACUCAAGUGCUUGAUUACUGUGUGGAAAUUGCCAUGGACAAAUUUGGGUGCUGUGUGCUGCAAUUUUGUGUUGAACACGCAGAGGGGGAAAUCAUUUUGCGGUUGAUGGCUGAGAUAGUAUUGAAAGCGUUACUCCUUGCAGCACAUCGUUACGGAAACUAUGUAGUUCAACAUCUACUCGGUCGGAAAAUACCAGUAAUUACUGAACAUAUCAUUCGUCAGCUUGAAGGAAGCUAUGUGUCCCUCUCACUCAGUAAAUAUGGCAGUAAUGUUGUGGAGAGGUGCUUGAAGGAGUGUGAUGAAAAGCAAGCUAUGAAUGUGAUUAUGGAGAUGCUCCAAAAUCAAAAUGUUUCUAUGCUUUUUCUCGAUCCAUAUGGAAACUAUGUGAUCCAAUCAGCAUUGUUGGCUUCUAAGGGUCAGGUCCGGAAGGCUCUAAUAAAUAUAAUCGACAUGCAUGCGUAUAAGAUGCGGUGCCACCAAUACGGCAAGAAAAUACUGGACUUGAUUUGGAAGAGGAAGCUGCGUAAUCAUAAUACAAAAUCUAUGGCUAUAUAGUAAUGCUAAUAUAUAGAAUUUUAGCAACUGUAGAUGUUGUCGUUUUGUUGUCCCAUGCUAUCCUUUUGUGUCCUGUCCAACCCAUGUUGUAUUCGUAGCUUUUCCUCAAGGCAAUACCACAUGUCUUGUUGCAAAGACUGCUAUUAGCUACUUCUGUUGUGUAGUUUACUUUUUCUAGUGUUAAAAAGAAUAUUAGGCCCUCUUUGACAUUCAUAAAUGAAAAUAUGAAAUAGUUUUUGUUGUUUUCAAAAUAAAAAUAAAAAAAAAAGUGUUUGCUUUAGUAUUUUAUUUUA